GGCACAGCUCCUCCGCUCACCCCAAAACGGGGGGCCGGCAGCGGGUCUGCAGCCCCCCCCGGGUCCCAGCCGCCGUGACGCCAACCCCGGCUUCUCCCUGCUAAAAAGGACACCAUGGUCCCGGGGGGCCCCGGCUGGUGCCUGCUGGUGGGGCUCUGCGCCCUUGUCCCCCCCGCCGCCACCCAGCGGGGACCAGAAGAGGACGUGACAGCCAGCGUCAGGACGGAGGAGUUGGGGUACCACCUCGCCCAGGAUGGGGACCCCCUCCGGGACCCCCAGCGCUGCGGCAUCACCUUCCACGCCCCCAGCCCUUGCAGCCCCCGUGGGCCGCCCUCCUCUGCUUCCCGCGAGGAGCUGGAUCACCUCAAGAACCUCUUGCAGGACACCAAGGCCAGCCUGAAGGACGUGGAGAUGGCGGCCACGCUGGAGGACAACCAGACCCGCUACCAGGACAUCAUCACCGAGGCGCUGCCCGCCAUCCACGGGGCCAACCUGGAAUUUCAGGAGAGCCUGGAUAACGUCCGCAGGGAGCUGGAGGCUCACGUGGCCGAGGCCGAUCACCCACGGACGGCCGAGAAGAAGGAGAAGCUACGGAAGGGCGUUCGCGUGGUGGCCCACAUGCUACGGCUCACCGGCCGCCUGGCCCAGACCCUCGAUGCCACCUCCCGCCGCCUCCACGCCGAGCUGAGCCGGCGCCUGCAGAGCUCGGCCGCCCACGCCGCCCACGCCGCCGAGCCCUAGGACGGCGGGGGACGGGCUCCGCCGUCGCCCCACGCAUGGCCUUGCUUGCUGCUAGCCAGCCCCGUGUGCCAACAGCUAAGCCAUCACACCCGAAGCCUUGCCCGAACCGGGCUCCAGCAGCUCCCCAGAGGGUCUUAAAAAUUAACCCCAGCUCUUUUGGGGUUUGGAUGCAUCUCGCCGGUGGUCCAGCAGCAUCACCGCCCGCCUGGCAUGGGCAGAGCUGCUGCCGGCUCCGGUUAAGCCUUUGCCCUUGGGAACAGCUUGUCCAGGCUUGGAAGAGCCUUUUUGCCCCUGGGGGGGGGGUAAGGGGGGGAGGCUGGGUCUGGAGCUGCAGGCAGGGCGGAGGGGAUGGGGCUGCCCUGCCUGCACAGAGCAGGGCAGGCAGCGGGCAAACGGCUGGAGACGAAACGGCCUGGCAAUAAAUUGAAGCUGGCAACUCGAGCGCUCCCAACCCACUGAGGUUUGGGCAGCGGGAAAAGAGCCGGAGGCAGAAAAUCCCUCCCGUGUUUGUAAGCCCGGAGGUUCUCCCAGGAGGCUGGAGGGAAUGGCCAGGGUCACCCCGGCACGUCGGGCUCGGGGCACCCCGCUACCCCCAUGGUGCACCCUAAGGAUGGGCAAGAGGCAGGAAUACCCGCGGGCAGCGGCAGCGGCACUUCUGCAGGAGCUGCAGGCAGCGAAAUAAAGAUGCAUUGCGCUCUGCCAGGCGUCAGCGUUA